CGUGGAGCGCGCUUCCGGCCGGCGGCGGCGGCGGCGGCGGGAGCUUCCCGGCGGGCAGCCUCAGGUGGGAGUAUGAGCGAGUUCCGCAUUCACCAUGAUGUCAAUGAGUUGCUCAGCCUGCUGCAUGUUCAUGGAGGGGAAGGAGCUGAAGUCUACAUUGAUCUUCUGCAGAAGAAUCGAACACCAUACGUUACCACGGCUGUCUCUGCACACAGCGUGAAGGUAAAAAUAGCAGAGUUCUCUCGAACUCCUGAAGAUUUUUUAAAGAAGUAUGAUGAGCUGAAAUCUAAAAAUACAAGACAUCUUGAUUCUUUAGUUUAUCUACUGUCAAAACUCACAGAAGACAAAGAGACACUCCAGUAUUUGCAACAAAAUGCUAAAGAAAGGGCAGAACUUGCAGCAAAUGCAGCAACCAGUGGCAGCACAAAUUUUUCCAUUCCCUCAUCUACUUCCAAGAUAUCUCUGCAGGAGCUUGAGGAGCUACGCAAGCAGCUGGGCAGUGUCACAGCCAACUCCAGUGUACAGCAGCCUCUUGAGCUUACACGAAAAAUCCUCCGAGAUAAGCAGAACAAGAAGAAUUCUGGUCAGCCCAUUCCAGUAUUUCCAUCCUGGGUGUAUGAGAGACCUGCACUUAUUGGUGACUUCUUAAUUGGCACCAGUUUAAGCACUGACACAACAGUACCUAUAGGUACUUUGCCAUUAGCCUCCCAAGAAUCUAUGAUUGUGGAGGACUUGCUGUACGUUCUGAUUGGUGUGGAUGGAAGAUACAUCACAGCACAGCCUCUCGUAGGCAGACAGAACCGAGCAUUUUCAGUCGAUCCAAACUUGGACUUGUCCAUCAAAGAGCUGGUGACCAGGAUUCUUCCUGUAGCAGCAAGUUACUCUGCUGUCACCAGGUUUAUAGAGGAGAAAUCUUCCUUCGAGUAUGGACAGGUAAAUCAUGCUCUGGCUGCUGCAAUGCGGACUCUAAUCAAGGAAUACAUGAUAUUAAUUACCCAGCUGGAACAUCUUCAGAGACAGGGACUUCUGUCACUGCAGAAACUCUGGUUUUAUAUCCAGCCCACAAUGAGGACCCUGGAGAUUCUUGCUUCACUUGCUACCUCUGUGGAUAAAGGAGAGUGUAUGGGAGGAUCUACUCUGAGCUUGCUCCAUGACAAGACAUUUAAUUACACGGGGGACAGCCAGGCCCAGGAGCUGUGCCUGAAUUUAACCAAGGCAGCCAGUGUACCUUAUUUUGAAAUUCUGGAAAAGUGGAUAUAUCGAGCAUCAUUAAUGAUCCUACAGGUGUCUAAAUCCUUUCCAGCUUUUGGAAAAUACUUAAAUGUUGUGCGAGAAUGUGGCCGUGAUGUUACCUGCCCUGUGGCUAAAGAGGUCAUCUAUACUUUAAAAGAGCGAGCAUAUGUGGAACAAAUAGAAAAAGCAUAUUAACCUAUGGCUAGCAAAGUUCUUCUGGAUUUCCUAAUGGAGGAGAAAGAGCUGGUGGCUCAUCUAAGAUCUAUAAAACAUUAUUUCCUGAUGGAUCAAGGGGACUUUUUUGUUCACUUCAUGGAUCUCACAGAAGAGGAACUUAAGAAGCCUGUAGAUGACAUCAUAACCACGAGGCUAGAGGCUCUGCUUGAGUUAGCCCUGCGAAUGAGCACAGCCAACACAGAUCCUUUCAAGGAUGAUUUAAAGAUUGACUUGAUGCCCCAUGACCUCAUUACACAGCUCUUGAGAGUAUUGGCUAUAGAAACAAAACAGGAGAAGGCUAUUAUCAGUGCAGAUCCCACAGAGCUCACUCUAAGUGGUUUGGAAGCAUUUUCCUUUGACUACAUUGUUAAAUGGCCUCUGUCCCUUAUUAUAAACAGGAAGGCUCUGACAAGAUACCAAAUGCUUUUCAGACACAUGUUCUAUUGCAAACAUGUGGAAAGACAGUUGUGCAAUGUUUGGAUCAGCAAUAAGACGGCCAAGCAUUCUCCCUACAUUCAGCUAAGGUGGUUUGCUGGUGCUUUCACACUGCGGCAGCGGAUGCUGAAUUUUGUACAGAAUAUCCAGUAUUACAUGAUGUUUGAAGUGAUGGAGCCAACAUGGCACAUUCUUGAGAAGAACCUGAAGUUGGCAUCUAAUAUUGAUGAUGUCCUGAGCCACCACACAAGCUUCUUGGAUAACUGCUUGAAGGACUGCAUGCUAACCAACCCAAGCUUGCUGAAGAUAUUCUCCAAGCUGAUGUCUGUCUGUGUUAUGUUCACAAACUGCAUGCAGGUAUGUUGCACCCAGAGCAUGAAGUUGGAUGCCGAGAUGGACCGGCUCACCCUAGAGCACGGCACAAUGCUGGGCCCACCAACGGAGGAGCGUGCUGAAGAGACUGCAAAGAAGAAGCUGACUAACAAGCUUUUAGCAGAGCAUGCUGACAACCUCCACCUGACAUCUGGCUUUGAAGCAACAAUCAACAAGUUUGAUAGCAAUUUCUCAACUCAUCUGCUGGACCUGUUGGACAAACUGAGCGUUUAUAGCACCAAUGAUUGUGAGCACAGCAUGCUUAACAUCAUAUACAGGUUGGACUUCAACGGGUUCUACACGGAGCGCCUGGAGCACAUGUCUGCUGAGCGCAGCCAGAAGGCAGCUCCCGUGCUUGCCCGCCCGGCUGUGCCUGCCCAAUGAAGCCCUGCUGCUGCUGCCACUGCCCUUCCACCUCUUCGGCACCAGCAGAGACCCAGACACUCACUCACCUCAAGCUGGGAGCACCCACCCUUUGCAUUCAGAACGUGAGCUGAAGACAAACCAUAAGAGUUGUCCCUUAUGGGACAAUACACAAUCUCCUGAGAUGUUUGUAGUGGGCUUUCUCUUCUGAGAGGCUUUUGUCAGGUCCUUUUUUUUACUACAUUGUGUAUUUGUGUGUUGUAAAAUAAAUAAAUAAAGGGAAUAACUGGG